CUCGCAGAGACAAACCACUCAGAGACUCCCAAGACACAGGCUUUUUGAGAGAGAUGGGAACUGAUUUCAAUGGAAGUUCAUCAUUCCAGGCUUUCGCCAAGAUGACCGAAAUUAAGUUUACGAAGCUCUUCAUCAAUGGAGAAUUUGUUGAUUCAGUCUCAGGGAAAACGUUUGAGACAAUAGAUCCAAGAACAGAGGAGGUGAUUGCAAGAAUUGCAGAAGGUGACAAGGAAGACAUUGAUUUGGCUGUAAAAGCUGCACGCCACGCGUUCGAUCAUGGUCCAUGGCCCCGCUUGCCUGGUGCUGAGAGGGGAAGGAUUAUGAUGAAAUUUGCAGACCUAAUUGACGAAAAUAUAGAAGAAAUAGCUGCACUGGAUGCCAUUGAUGCUGGCAAGUUGUUUGCUAUGGGAAAGGCUGUGGACAUUCCUGGUGCAGCACAAACCCUUCGAUACUAUGCAGGUGCAGCAGACAAAAUUCAUGGAAAGGUACUGAAAAUGACGAGAGAGCUUCACGGGUACACAUUGCGCGAACCCAUCGGUGUUGUUGGCCAUAUAAUCCCCUGGAACUUCCCAAGCAGCAUCUUUUUUAUGAAGGUUAGCCCAGCCUUAGCUGCUGGCUGCACCAUUAUCCUCAAACCUGCCGAGCAAACCCCGCUUUCAGCUCUCUAUUAUGCUCAUCUUGCUAAGAUGGCUGGAAUUCCUGAUGGGGUGCUCAAUGUUGUACCUGGGUUUGGACCAACAGCUGGUGCGGCCAUUAGUUCUCAUAUGGACAUUGACAAAGUUUGCUUCACGGGGUCUACAGAAGUUGGACGUGCAGUGAUGGAGGCCGCAGCUAAAAGCAAUUUGAAACAAGUGUCACUUGAGCUGGGAGGUAAAUCGCCUAUGCUGAUUUUUGAUGAUGCAGACAUAGAUAAGGCUACCGAUCUAGCUCUCUUUGGCGUAGUCUUUAACAAGGGAGAAGCUUGCGUGGCAAGUUCGCGUGUUUAUGUUCAAGAAGGGAUAUACGAUGAAUUUGUAAUCAAGUUGGUACAAAAGGCAAAAGCUUUGGUAGUUGCAGAUCCUUUUGAUCCUACAUCCAAUCAAGGACCCCAGGUUGAUAAGACCCAGUUUGAGAAAAUUCUUACUUACAUUGAGCACGGAAAAAGAGAAGGAGCCACCAUACUAGCUGGGGGUAACCGUGUUGAUAUUAAGGGAUAUUAUAUCGAGCCUACCAUUUUUGCAGAUGUUAAAGAGGACAUGCUAAUUGCCAAAGAUGAGAUUUUUGGACCAGUAAUGUCGCUGAUGAAAUUCAAAACAAUUGAAGAAGCAAUCAAGAGUGCCAAUAACACAAGAUAUGGUCUGGCAGCAGGAAUUAUAACCAAAGAUUUGAACGUGGCAAACACUGUUUCGAGAUCAGUUCGUGCUGGAAUUGUUUGGAUCAAUUGUUAUUUUGCAUUGGAUAUGGAUUGCCCAUAUGGAGGAUACAAGAUGAGUGGCUUUGGAAGAGAUUUAGGAAUGGAAGCUCUUGACAAGUAUCUGCAGGUUAAGUCUGUUGUCACUCCCAUUUUCAAUUCCCCUUGGCUCUGAAUGCAAACUCCAGUACAAGCUUGUCAUGGAAUGGAUGGAAAAUACUCUUUACAUGUUGUAAUAAAAGAUUUUAUAGUGCAUGUGAAAUCCAAAACAUUGUGUUUGGAUCUUCAAAUUUGAGAUGAGAAGGGUGUGAUACUGCCAAACCCAAGUUUUCACCAUGCCCUAUAUGUAAGUACAAUGUAUGCUGUGACAUAUAGAAACACAAUUGCCAUA